AUGGCUGCAGCCAAGCUUCAGCUCGCCCUCUUUGUGCUUGCGUUGGCAGCUGCAGGGGCAGCGGCCGCAAGCUCCGCCGCACCGAGCCAGGCCGCCGCGGCCGCCGCCGCCGCGCGGGCCUCCCGCCGCGGCCUCCGCGGCGCCGCCAACGCCGAGUUCCCCAGCACCGCCUCGUGCCGCAAGUUCGAGGGCUACCAGGGCCUCCGGGAGUCGCGCCGCCCCCCGCCCUACGUGCUGGCGCCCGGGUACGAAUCCCAGGGCCCGACGCCCUGCCGCACCUCCUGCGACUGCCACGACACCCGCGUCUGCAAGUUCGACGGCUGGGGGGCCCCGCGCUGCUGGCCAGCGACGACGCCCGAUUGGCAGAAGGGCGGGUGGUCGUGGUCCAUGGGCGGCGACAGCGUGUUUGGCAGCUGCCUCAAGAACGACGCCUACAAGUGGGAGCCGGCGGCGGGCGAGCAGCUGCCGGAGGGCUCGGGGGAUGCGGACAGGCGUGUGUGCCUGAACUCAUGCCAGUGCGAUGGGACGGACCUCUGCACUGAAGACGGCUGGUGCAUGGACGGGCCAGGCGUCCUCGGGCAGGGCACGCCGUUCCUGACGUGA